AUAUGCAGUGAUCAGUUUUAUAUUCAAUGGUUUUAUUCCAACUAUAAUACUAAAUGGGCUACAAACAAAUGUUCAAGAAAUCCUGGUGCGCGCUGGUGGUGGAUAUUUUUGUCCCAUACCACCCAUUGCAAUCCGACUUCUCUAAAAAGUAGCGUAGCACAUGAACCCGAACCUAUGCGCCAAUAACCUGCCUGUUUGAUAACGGAGAAAUCACUGCAUCCUCCUCCACGAGUGCAGACACGGACGAAUGUAGUUUUACAGCUGGGGAAAUUGUUAUUCAGAACGAAGCUUUUAUUCCAAAGACAUCUUUCGUAUUCGUGUUUCAGUCUCUCUUAAUAACAAGGUUGGAAGAUAUCUAUGGAAAUCACAUUGAUUCAGAGUUUCAAAACUAAGUCAAGUGUAAUGGGUUUAUUGUAGGAGUAACUAUGGGAGUUUAUAUCCCGGAAUCUAAUACAAGCUCCAACUUCACUCCCGGCAGCGACUCGGCCACAGUCCACGAAGCUGGAGCGGCUCUCCCGGGCUAUACGAAGGUGAUCCUGGCCGUGCUUAUGAUAACUCUGGUUGUCGUGGUUGUGGCUGGUAACGCACUUGUUAUCCUGGCUUUCAUUGUUGACAAGAGCCUAAGAAAUCAAAGCAACUACUUCUUCCUCAACCUUGCUCUUUCAGAUUUUCUUGUUGGUGCCUUCUGCAUCCCUGUAUACAUCCCCUACAUCCUGACAGGCCGCUGGGUGCUGGGCAGAACUCUCUGUAAGCUGUGGCUCCUCAUGGACUACCUGCUGUGUACUGCCUCUGUCUUCAACAUCGUCCUCAUCAGCUACGACCGAUUCCUCUCCGUCACCAGAGCAGUGAAAUACAGAGCCCAGCGGAGCAUGACCCACCAUGCUGUGGUAAAGAUAGUGACUGUGUGGGUGUUAGCCUUCCUUCUCUAUGGCCCUGCUAUCAUCUUCUGGGAGCUGGUCGUGGGAAAAAGCAUCGUCCUUGCCGAUGAGUGUUUCGCUGAGUUCUACUGCACCUGGUACUUCCUACUCAGUGCGUCUACAAUUGAGUUCUUCACCCCGUUUAUCUCUGUGACCUUCUUCAACCUGAGCAUCUACCUGAACAUCCAGCGGAGGAACAAGAGCAGGGCUAUCCGUAAGGAGGACACCAAGGCACGCAGCGACAGGGGCAGUCUCAGGGACAGGGGUGCUGCCUUGACUGUGUUUUUGACUUGCAAGGCAUCAUCGAGCAAGCCAGCUGCUGUUUCAGCUGUGAUAGAGAAGGACGAGGAGCUGUCGCCGUCCUCCAAUGGGGAGCCUUGUAGCGGACACACCUUCAUUCAGAGCAAGAAGGGCCUCACUUGCAGGAUCACUUCCAGGCCCCUUCAAUCCCAAUCCCCCACCGGGCCCCCCAGCAGGAGCUCACAGGGCUCCCGCCUCUCCCGCGACAAGAAGAUUGCCAAGUCGCUGGCCAUUAUAGUGUGCAUUUUUGGGAUCUGCUGGGCACCAUACACCCUAUUGAUGAUAAUCCGGGCAGCCUGUAGUGGGCGAUGUGUGGAGCACUACUGGUACGAGAUUACUUUUUGGCUCUUGUGGCUGAACUCUGGUAUUAACCCUUUCCUGUACCCUCUCUGCCACAGCAGCUUCCGAAGGGCUUUUGCUAAGAUAUUGUGCCCCAACCGGCAGUCUGUCCAACCUCACAUUGAGACCCAGUCUUGCUAGUAAGACAUUGCACGGCUGGAUGAGAGUCAUACUGGAGUGAGAAGACUACUGCAAAUGGAUGUGGAUUGUCAAACAAAAGUACAGCCAUGAAUAGGACUAAGAAAACCUUUUUUAGUUGCUCACUAUAAAAGGGUAUAAAACAUUAUGAAAAAAGUGAUUACUGAUAACCCUAUGUUUUGUUUGAGAUACAUAAAAUCCUUCUUUCCUACUUUUUCCACUUCACUUCAGGUUUCUUUUCAUUGAAAAGUUCCAAGUUCUUAGUUAGAAAAGCCUUCUUCCGCUAGAAUGAAAGAUAUGCAUCUUCUAGUGAUCUAUUGAGAGGACAAGCACCUGUCAGUCACAAAGUGAGUGAUGACAGGGAAACUGCUGGUUUGUCAGUCUGCUGUCUAUCCCACCUCUCAAUACCUGUGUUCAUUUUGUGUGCUGUGGUUAUCACGGAGGAGGGAGAGCAUGAUGCUUCUUUAUCUCCUGUGAGCGAAUUCACACGUCCCAUGUCAUUGAAGUGGUAAUGAUGAGUUUAAAUCCACUUAAUCAUUGUUUUGUGUGUAUUUAUUUUCUUUUGCGUGUUUCAACUUUCAUAUAUCCAGACAUGGAGUCAGGGCGCAUAGGCUAUUUACUGUGCUUUGAUUGACGACCGAACAACAAGUGUUGACUAGUUUAUAAAGCUGUCGAACUGACUGAAUAAAGUCAAUCUCCAAUAUCCCUUUGCUAUUCAUAAAUCACACAACAUAGUUAUAAGUCCAUUGUAUCGCACCAUGACAAAUAAAACAAAGAUCUUGUUUGUAUUUUUGGAAGGUGGCCCAUGUAUUCCCCCUUCACACAGGUGGUGACCCUUGUGACCUAAAUAAUUAUUGUCCUAUUUAUAAACUUUCUUGCCUAGCUAAAAUAUUAUAAUCCUUGAUGUAUUCUCAACUAAGAUCUUUCUUAUCUUUGAAAUGUAUUCUAAAUCAGUUGGGUUUUAGACCAGGUCAUAGCACAAUCUCUACUGCAUACCUAGUUCUAGUUAUAAAUGAUGUGGUUAACUGCAUGGAUAAAAGGCAACAUUGUGCUGCCCUCUUCAUUGACCUGCCAAAGGCUUUUCAUACUGUUGAUCACUCACUGCUAAUUCGGGGCAUUCCUCAAUUAGCCAAGACCGGGCUGCAUGUAACUGGUUAAAAAAUUACUUGACAGAUUGAACUCAAUGUGUAUUUACUGAUGGUGUUAAAUCAGGUUUCCUGGAAAUUACGAAAGGUGUCCCGCAGGGGUCGAUUCUGGGUCCUGUACAUUUUACUGUUUACAUUAACAAUAUCUACUUGUCUGUAAAAAAUGCAGAUGAUACUGUUGGGUAUGCUAUUGCCACCACGUUUGAGCAAGCUCUAUCUGAACUACAGUCUGCAUUCAUUGUAUUACAGAAAAACUUUAUUGACCUGAAAUGAGUAUUGAAUGCAGGUAAAACUAAGUAUGUGUUGUUCUCUAGAGAGCAUAAAAAUAACUCUGAUGAUUUAAGCAUAUGUACUUUGGAUAGUGUCCAUAUUGGUUGUGUCCCUGCUUACAAAUAUCUGGGCAUUUGGAUAGAUGAAAAGCUGUCUUUUAAAAAGCAUAUUGAUGAGUUAGUUAAGAAAUUAUAAAAAUUGGCUUCUUCUAUAGAAAUAUAUCCUGCCUCUCACUCAAUAGUAGAGAGCAGAUUAUGCAGUCGACGUUCCUAUCGGUCCUACUGUAGACUAUGGCGACAUCAUCUAUAUGAACACAUCUGCCACUUCCUUAAAGCUGUUAGAGGCAGUUUAUCGUGCACUUCGCUUUAUUACCGGUGACAAUUUUAGUACUCAUCACUGUAUUCGCUACCAGAAAGCUGGUUGGCCGUCUUUGAUGUCACGUAGGUUGAUACCAUGCUAUCUUUUCAUUUCUAAAGUACUUUUACAAAAAGCCCCACUGUACCUAACAUCUUUACUAAACUUUAGACAUACAAGUUACCACACCUGGUCUCAGGGAUGGUUAACUCUGGAAAUUCCUUAGGUCUCUACUGAGUUAGAUAAAUCAGCUUUUAGUUUUCUUGCACCUUAUUUGUGGAACAAUCUUCAAAAUGUUCUUACAUUUGAUGUUUUUGGUGCCUCUAAGGCAAUUCAGAAAGCUGAUUGAGGACCUUAUUAUUGAUGAAUGUGUUGUUUUUUUAUGACCGUGUUUUUCCUUCUGCUUACAUUUUGUAUUUAUAUUGAUGUGUGUAUUUUCUGUCAUUUCUGUAAUUCAGGCUAGUCUGUAAAAGAGACCAUGGUCUCAGUAUGACUCCCUGAUAAAGGUUAAAUAUAAAAUAAAUAAAUGUGUAGGAUUCGAAGCCCAUGUCCAAGACUUGCCAGUGACUGGUGAAGUGACUUGUCAGUGUAACCUAGUGUUAUUAAAGAUGUUGAUAUAGGCCGACUGAUUUGAUUAAUUAAAGUGCCGAAAAUUGAGUAGUAAACUGCUGUUUUCUGUGUAGCAAAGCCCAUGUUUAACAUCUGCUUCAUUCUUGAAGGAUACCUGUACUCAUUGUCGCCUGUUUUUGUAUAAAAUUGGGGCUGCACAAUCUGAUGGGGGGUCUGAGGGUCCUCCCCCUGAAAAUGUUUUGCAGUUUUACAACCAUUUCCCUCCAAUUCUAUAUUGUUUCUCAACAGGGAAUCAAUGUUUUCUUGAUAGAACACAAACAUUUUCUUCGAUUUUUGCCACAAUAAACUAAAGAAAGUGUAGA